GAUGCCAGGUUCGGGUAGGAGGCCCCUUGGGGGGCGAUUCUUUAGGAAAUUCCUUUAGAAGAAAACAACUUGGGACUGGAUAGCGUGCGAUAUGCAGAGAAAUGCAACUUUCAUUCAUUUGCAGUUAGCGAUCCGCCCUUCCCUGCUCCCCACCCUUCCGUGGCUCCCCAGUACCCGCCUGCUGUCGCCCACACCCUUAGGACAGCUUCGUGGCCCCCCGUGAGCGCAGAGGGCCAUGCCUACCGCUCAUUUAAGAAGCGAACCUGUAUUGUGCUGUUGGCCCCCUUUUCCUGUCUCUUCAUCUCCCCUCGAAGCGGAGGAUCCCUGUGUCCCAGCCGGGCAUGGCCGACCCCCACCAGCUUUUUGAUGACACAAGUUCAGCCCAGAGCCGGGGCUAUGGGGCCCAGCGGGCACCUGGUGGCCUAGGCUAUCCUGCAGCCUCUCCCACGCCCCAAGCAGCCUUCCUGGCUGACCCGGUGUCCAACAUGGCCAUGGCCUAUGGGAGCAGCCUGGCCGCGCAGGGCAAGGAGCUGGUGGAUAAGAACAUCGACCGCUUCAUCCCCAUCACCAAGCUCAAGUAUUACUUUGCUGUGGACACCAUGUAUGUGGGCAGAAAGCUGGGCCUGCUGUUCUUCCCCUACCUACACCAGGACUGGGAGGUGCAGUACCAACAGGACACCCCGGUGGCCCCCCGCUUUGACGUCAAUGCCCCGGACCUCUACAUUCCAGCAAUGGCUUUCAUCACCUACGUUUUGGUGGCUGGUCUUGCGCUGGGGACCCAGGAUAGGUUCUCCCCAGACCUCCUGGGGCUGCAAGCGAGCUCAGCCCUGGCCUGGCUGACCCUGGAGGUGCUGGCCAUCCUGCUCAGCCUCUAUCUGGUCACUGUCAACACCGACCUCACCACCAUCGACCUGGUGGCCUUCUUGGGCUACAAAUAUGUCGGGAUGAUUGGCGGGGUCCUCAUGGGCCUGCUCUUCGGGAAGAUUGGCUACUACCUGGUGCUGGGCUGGUGCUGCGUGGCCAUCUUUGUGUUCAUGUGUCCCCUUUUGCCGGGCGCGGUGGCUCAUGCUUGUAAUCCCAGCACUUUGGGAGGCCGAGGCGGUCGGAUCACGAGGUCAGGCGAUCGAGACAAUCCUGGCUAACACGAUCCGGACCCUGCGGCUGAAGAUCUUGGCAGACGCAGCAGCUGAGGGGGUACCGGUGCGUGGGGCCCGGAACCAGCUGCGCAUGUACCUGACCAUGGCGGUGGCGGCGGCGCAGCCUAUGCUCAUGUACUGGCUCACCUUCCACCUGGUGCGGUGAGCGCGCCCGCUGAAGCUCCCGCUGCUGCUGCUGCUGCUGCUGGGGGCCACUGUGGCCGCCGGACUCAUCUCCUGCCUGCAGGCCCCAGGGUCCACCCUGUCUGGCCACAGGCACCGCCUCCAUCCCAUGUCCCGCCCAGCCCCGCCCCCAACCCAAGGUGCUGAGAGAUCUCCAGCUGCACAGGCCACCGCCCCAGGGCGUGGCCGCUGUUACAGAAACAAUAAACCCUGAUGGGCAUGGC